GGUUCGUACACCCCCUGGAAAUCCUGGAAAACCCUGGAUCUUUAUUUUAGUCCUGAAAAACCCUUGAAAACCCUGAAAUUUCAAAUUUAUCCCUGGAAAACUGAGAAACUGAGCUGGGUGUAGGAUUAUACCUUAAAAAGAAAGAUUGAACAAAAGGUUCUUGCAUUAUAUAUAGUCAAACUAUAAAUAUAUUUCGUUCAAACUGGUACAAACCCUAAUGUAUCUGUGCAAGAUGAAGUACUAGCCGUCGCGAACGUUUCUUAUCUGUUAAACACUUAUAGAUUUAUAUUUCAAAUGUCCCUGGAAAACCCCUGGAAAAAGGAUGAAAAAGUCCUGGAAAACCCUGGAUUUUUUAAAUUACAGUAUGAAGGUGUACAAACCCUGAUUAUAGUAUGUGGUCACUCACUCUACGAAUACACCUUGCCUCACUCGAACUUGUAGGUAGACUCUUCCACUGAUGAUGUAUGUGAUACCCUCAGUUAUUUGAGCUCUUGCAACAACACUCCAGCCAAAAAGCAGAGGAGAACCAAAAAACGAAAUCAAGUAGGUUGAACAAAUCCAUAGAAAUGUGAAGCAUUGAAACUGGUUUGUUGCUACAGUUAUUACCUGAACUUGUUCAGCUAACUGAGGAUUACAACCCAAAAUUUCACAAUUAGCCUAUUUUGUGCACCAUUCAAUCUUGUACUCAGAGUAUGUGUGUUCUCGGGAAGGUUGGGAUGACUUUUGGAAGAUCGAAUGAAAAUUUUCUCAAUGGUGGAAAAGGAAAGUGUGGAAGUUGCUAAGAUUAAUAUACUAGAUUAUUCAAUUUUGAAUUUUCCCAGAGUUAUGUCAAGGGCAACCUGCGAACAGGCAUACUAUAGGUAGGAGAUUGUGCAACACCUCUCACCCACCAUUGUAGUAUGAAAAUGAAAUCCAUUUCCAUGAGUUGGUCUCAUAAGUAUCUUUGUGUGUUAUUUAGCGUAGCUCUUAUUUUAGUGUGUAACUUGCGAUAUAAAAUUGUUAUGGUGCACUUGUAGGGCUUUUUACUGUCUUGAAGGUGUCACAAGAAUUUCGGAUCGCUCCCAAGGGGGGCGAAUACCCUGGGGUAUAAACAUAGGAAAAUAACAACAUGCUAAGGCGAAGGUGACCAAGUCCAAUUUUGGCAAAUGUGUUACUGACUACUGUUAAUAUAACAACAAUAAACAUAUUUCUUCUACAAACACAAUAGUAAAUUUAUAGCUUAGCCUAGCUGAAGUCGUGGUAUAGUACUAAAUACCAUAAACACGAUCUAUAUAUGAGAAUUACCUAACCAAUUCAAUUAUUUUCAAUCAAUAUCAAUGAAUAAUUUUGUGAUUACUGCAUCGAUCGGACAAUUGGGGGGGGGGGGGCGAAUUCCUGGGACACUGUCACACAGAUUUUUCCGGAAACUGAAUUUUGUCGCUCAGUAUUUUGGAUGUAAUUAGGUUAUUUCGGUAGAUAAAACAAAUAAGAUUGACAAUUAACUUAGAGGCUAAGUGUGCUUAUGGCUGCACCCUUCCAGCUGUGUUUUAAAUGCAAUUUGUUACAAAUUCCAAUGCCUUUUAUUACAGAUGGAUACCACUGUCAAUGAACUUUCACAAGUAAUGAGUGGUCUUAGCUCUGCUGAAAGUAGUCCUGCAAAAGCUACGAAAUCCUUAAGUGGAAGCUUUGUUGAUGUUGAACCAAAGAGGCUGUUUACUGUCAAAGAUGACGAGUAAGUUACAUCUUACAAAAUUUCCCAUGCCAACAAAUUAUCAUUUAUUGAAAAACACAUAGUACCUUGCCAAAAAGCGAAUCACGAUUUCCCAAAGACGCGGGCCCGAUUUGGAAAUUUUAAUUGCAUUUUAUUUUUUCUGUAGGAGGAACGAUAAAUUCAUAUACCAAGAAGGAAAGCGCUCAUACCUAAACCAAGAUGCCGUGAAUAAAUUAGAGUCUAUAUCUGUUGAUAAGGUCCCCCCAGUACCAAACGGCCCAGUCAAAUACCGGGUGAAAUAUGUUGAAAGUGAUCCUCUACGCGCCGUCUCGGAUAACUGGAACUGGGGGCGUGCUCAGCCGUGCCCAAGAAAGGACUUCUGUAAUGCAGGUAGAAGGACUCUCCAAAUAUGCAAAGGUUCCUUCGAAUGUGUGAAUCCUGGCUGCACUUAUAAGAAAAUACAGAAUACAACAAACAAGGUAGAUUUCUCAAAGUCAAAAAAGUGUACCCACUGCAAAGAAAUAGCCCUACACAUAGAAUGUUCUGCCAGGAAAUAUGUAGAAAAUGACCGUUGUCAUAAAAAAAUUAUGGUAAUAUACGUCGAAACUCACGAUUGCACUCCACGUGCCGAUGACAGUAAGCCCAGCAAAGAAAGCGUUAAAGAGUAUCUUAAAACGCGACCAACAAGCUGCGCCAAGCAAAUACAAGUUGAUAAAGUGAGGGAGGCAUUGUUGAGUGGGAAAAACUGCGAGGAGGUCAAUGACGUCGCAUCGCAGUAUAGCAACCAAAGGCAUAUCCAAUACCUAAAGACCACCAUUGACAAAGAGAAUAGACCAGGCGGCUCUGACGUUGAAGCGAUACGUAAUUUAAAAGAUGACUUUUCUAAGAGAGGCCUGGAUGAAAACUUAAUCAUGGAAGUCGGUGAUGAUUUUGUUAUUUUGUCAUCCGCUACAAAAAUACGACUCGCAGCUUUAAUAACACUCGGGAUAGUUACAGAGCCGGUUAGCCUGGAUGGUUGUGAAAGUUUGGCGAAAGACUUUACAGAGGUGGAAAUGACCACAUACUACCCUCUGUUACGGCGUAAUGUUAAACUGGUGAGCUUGUUCAGCCCAAAACCUGGCGAAAACUCGACCAAUGUCGCCAAAAUGGUAAAAACAUUUGAUGACGCAGUCAAUAAAAUGUUCCCUACAGUUGCAGAGGAGUAUGGACUUGACCCCUUAGAUUAUAUUGGCAGGGGAUUGGACCCUGAAUCGUAUGUCGGAGAUGAGGGCGGUGGACUUUGGAAAGGGUUGUGUCAGGUGAAAGGCAGAGCCGUAAAAAAUAAAACAAUAUCAGACCUAUUCCACUUUAAACAAGAUGUUCGAAGGCAUAGCAAGUAUUUUGCAAGUAAAGCGGAUCAAAUCAAGUUUGAAAAAAUCAUGGAUGAAGCUUAUAAUGCAAUGACUUCCAUUGAAGCAAAAAAAUUAGAGGACCAGUUAGAAAGGCAUAUAAAGAAUCGGGCCAGCGAUGCUACUAAAAUGUUGAAUUUUAAGACAUGGUGGUGGAGGAGAAGGGUUAGAUGGCAGAAAUGGUGCCGUUCAACCUCUACAACUAACGCUUCUUCCGCAGAAGUGUCAAACGCCAGAGCAGUCGCAAACACUGGUUACCGAAAGCGACUGCUAGAUGUGGUAACCACAGAAUGCUCUGCAGCUAUUCUCGAGGCGGCGGAGGCGAACCGACAAAGCAGUGGACAGAAAACAAUUGGACGCGGUCCUACUGCCGCCGACCGUUUAAAGAGGCAAGAAACGGAACUCUUUAUUGACAGAGAAAGGUCUGCCUCAGCUAUACAAAGUAUAGCUAAGAAUGCGGACAAAUAUCAGUCGUUGUCAGAUGUCGAAACCGCACAAGAUGACUACAACAUCAAUUGUAGAGACACCCAUAGGUCUGAUAAGUCAAGAAAAGCCCCAAAGAAAUCGAAAAAAGAUAAAGGGAACUCGAUCGGUAGAAAUAAAAUAAGGUUUUUCAACAAAUAUGUCAAGGAUGUUAAUAUGGAUAUCCUAAAAUGUGACAGCAACAUGUCACAAUUUUGCAUUACGCUGCUUGAUACGAUGGGGUACCAGCAGGACUUAACAAUAUCCAAGGAUUCUGUGACAUGCACAUCACCUACGUGCAGUGGACUGUGCCAUCAUUUGACUUGGACUUUGCACACGAUGUUUGGCUUUACGAAAGACGACCCUUUGGUUUAUAAGAAGCAAUACACUAGCUCUGAAUGGGAAAACAUUUUGAAAGCUUUUCCCGAAAAGGUCCCAUUAGCUAGGCUCCCUGCUUCGACGAAAGGACAACGCUACGUUGCAAACAUUCGUCAUUCAAACAAAGACGCAAAGUGCGCAACGUGCAAAAAACAACUACAAUCUGGCGACAUGCAGAUAGUAACAGAAGGGCCGUACAGAACGAUAAUGCGUCACUGGAUUUCACGCAUCUUUUUUUUCUGUCCCAAAUUAAGUUGCAUUACCAAGCAGCCGCGCAACUCUUUCAUCCUUCCAUAUUCUCCGGUAUCAAUGACACUUGAAUUUGACAAAAAUUUGAGUUCGGCACAAAGAGCGCUUAUUGAAUAG